UAUCAGCGCGUAUCAGCGGCCAGUACGGCACCAUCCCUUCCGCAGUGACGACGUCGCGGAGAGCAGCCCUCGUAUCCGCGCUCCCAUCUCUGACAGAAAUGAUCGUUAACAAGUGUCAUCGUGCGCUGAAGGCGCGGACCUCGCUUCGGCAGCUGCUAAACGGCGUCGCAACAACGUGGAAUAGAUGCUUAACCGGUUCAGUGUCGAGAGAACCAGAAGGGCCGGUAAUUAUGACGGAAAUACCGGGUCCUCGGUCUCGAAGCUUGCUACAAGAAUUGAAUGCGAUACAACAAGCAUCUUCCGUACAAUUCUUCGCAGACUACGAAAAAUCCUCCGGUAAUUAUAUAAUGGAUGUUGACGGGAACGCGUUGCUGGACGUUUAUAUGCAAAUCUCGUCAAUGCCCCUAGGGUACAAUCAUCCGGCGAUGUUGGAGGCUCUCGCCGAUCCCGUUAAUCAAAAAAUUAUAGCAAACAGACCUGCGUUAGGUGUCUUUCCAGGAAGAGACUGGCCUAAUAAAUUAAGGAAUAUUCUGCUCAACAAGGAGGUUGCUCCACCCGGAUUAUCGUAUAUCACAACAAUGAUGUGCGGUUCUUGUUCUAAUGAAAAUGCUUUUAAAAGCAUCUUUAUUUGGUACGCUGAAAAACAAAGACAAGGAAAACCAUUCAUGAAAGACGAGAUAGAAUCAUGCAUGAUAAAUCAAAUUCCUGGCUCGCCGCGAUACUCUAUUAUGUCCUUUAAAGGUGGCUUCCAUGGAAGAACUUUGGGUUGUCUCUCAACGACUCACAGCAAAUACAUUCACAAAAUAGAUGUACCAGCUUUUGAUUGGCCUAUCGCCUCUUUUCCAGAGUACAAAUAUCCUUUAGAAGAAAACGUCCGAGAAAAUCAGAGGGAAGAUAAACGUUGCCUCGCGGAGGUCGAAGAAUUAUUCGAAAAGUACAAGAACGAAAAGAAAGUACCAGUGGCUGGUGUAAUUAUCGAACCUAUUCAAGCGGAAGGAGGUGACAAUCACGCGUCGCCUGAAUUCUUUCAGGAACUUCAACGCAUAACGCGACAGCACGGAGCAGCGUUGCUUAUCGACGAAGUCCAGACUGGUUGCGGGCCAACGGGAAAAAUGUGGUGUCACGAGCAUUUCAAUUUGAAUACCCCACCAGACGUGAUGACAUUCAGCAAGAAAAUGCAAUUAGGCGGUUAUUAUCACUCGGAGGAUUUCAAGCCGAAACAAUCGUAUCGCGUGUUCAAUACUUGGAUGGGCGAUCCAAGUAAAUUGAUACUGCUCGAAGCGAUCAUGGGAAUCAUCAAAAAGGAAAAUCUUUUGGAUAGGGUCACGCGCGUUGGCGAUUAUAUGCUGAAGAAUUUGACGGAUAUACAAAAAGAACACUCCAGUAUAAUUAGCGCGAUACGUGGACGUGGAACUUUCAUAGCGUUUAAUUGUACCUCGCCUGAAAUGCGAGAUGCCAUCAUCAAGAGACUUACAGCCAAAGGUAUUCAGGUAGGUGGUUGCGGUAACCGAGCUGUGCGGCUGCGGCCUGCGUUAACUUUCACAGAACGUCAUGCUGAUAUAUUUUUGGAUGCGCUUCGUUCUGUACUAAAAGAAUAAGGGUAAACUCUGCGGUUUUUCGUGUUUUUCGAGUCAAAUGUCUUCCAUAUCAAAUGUCUUCCAUGUCAAAUGUCUUCCAAAUCAGAUGUCGUGCAUUAAAGAAUGGUUACGGAAAUGUAUGUACGGAGAUGUGUAUACGGAGUUAAAAAUACAUUCAUUAUUUUUAUAUGGCAGUUGCAUUAUGGCUAACAAUUUAUAUAUAACUUUUAAGAAAUGAUGCAGUGGUGCAAAAUGCAGCGAGAAUGUAUAUCUGACGAUUCUAGAAUUGAUUGAUAUGCAUUAUUAUUGCAUAGAACAUAAAUUGUUACAUUAGUUAUUUAAACAUUUCGUACAGUAUUUUCUAUAAUUUAAAAAAUGCUAUAAAAUUAUGCUAAGUUAAGAAUUAAUUAUUAUAACUUAUAUUUUGCUCUUUCGCUAUUAUUUAUUUCAUUAAUCGACUUGAUUAAUGAAACCAGAUAAUUUGUUGCACGAUCAUUAAAUGUCUUCCGAAAGAACUGCCAAUAAAAAAUGUUUGAGCUAUGUUUCAUGUUAUUGAUAAGCUCCAAUAUUAUUUAUCUCAACAUUUUCCUGAGUAUAUUAUGUGUAUACCAAAAUGUUCAUUUUCGAUGAUGACUCUUGUGUCAUACACAUAUAUAAGCCUUUCUAUCCUUAUCUACAAAGAAAUGAUUAAAGAGCGCAGAAAUGAAACCAUACGUAAAAUAUCUAAAUCCUGUGAUUAUUGCAAAUGUUUAUUUAUCAUCACUUUGGAAUACACCGAGAACAUCGAUACUUGUGGAACUCAACAUUUUAAUAAAUUCGCGAUUCUAAAUCGAAGAGUGAUACGAGAAUAGUUCUCUUUAAGCAGAAACGACUAUUCAUAAACUCUUUUCCCACCCCCCUUCCCUCCUGAAAUUGUCAGCUCUUUGCACUAGGUAAACGUACGCUAUCAGCGCGUAUCAGUGGUUAGUACGGCAUUAUCUCUUCUACAGAGAACAUCGCGGAGAUCAAACCUCGUAUUCGUGCUUUUAUCUCGAACGGAGAUGAUAGUUAACAAGUGUCAUCGUGCGCUGAAUGCGCAGAUUUCGCUUCGACAGCUGUUAAACGCAAGCAUCUUCCGUACAAUUCUUCGCAGACUACGAAAAAUCUUCCGGUAAUUACAUAAUAGAUAUUGACGGAAACACGUUGCUGGACGUUUAUAUGCAAAUCUCGACAAUGCCCUUAGGAUACAAUCAUCCGGCGAUGUUGGAGGCUCUUAACGAUCCUAUUAAUCAA